AUGCUACCUGCUUCAGAUAGUAAAAAAGUCUCCAAUCCUUUUUCAACUGGUGGCGGCGGAUACCAAUUCGAGCAAAACGUUCAAGCUUAUUUUCUAGCUAUUUUCCUCAUGAAGGGGGUAUUUCCGAUCAUGGAAAGAGCUGAUUGUUGUAAGAUCGAAUUGCAAGCAAGAAGACAUGGCAUUCGAACAGACGAUCUGGUUGUCUAUUUCUCUGAUAGCAAUCAACAAAUCGUUAAACUCUUAGCUCAAGUAAAGCAUAAAUUAACCUUCACCCAGUCUGACGAGCAAACGAAAGAUGCCCUUGAGCAAGCCUGGACCGAUUUUUGCUCUACAAAUUUCAAUCCUGAGAAAGACAAAAUUGUCUUUAUCACCGGUACCCUACCACAAGUUCUGGUGGAUCACUUAAAGCCUAUUUUUGAAUGGGCUCGAUGUUCUGAAAAUGAAGAAGAUUUCAUCGAUCGUUUUCAACACAAUGCUACUGAGAAGAAGAAAAGACUUGAAAAUAUCCGAUCGAUUCUAGAUAAAUUGACAUCAACAAAAGUCUCCGACCAACGCCUGUGGAAAUUCCUAAAAGUCCUCAAUCUCUUAUCCUUUGACUUUGAUUACUCAUUGGGUAAAGAUACUGCCAGCGUGUUAAACCAGCUCCUGCCCAACUUAAUAAAUUCCUCAGAGGAGCAUGCUAAAAGGAUUUGGGAUCGAAUUUACCGAGAAACUGCCCGGUUCAAUGUGAAUUCAGGUGUUAUUACCCGAGAAACAUUACCACAAGAUUUGCUACUGCUUUUUCGCCGUAAUUCCCCAAUGGCUGAUUCGGAAUGGCGAAUACCACAUUUUGAUGCGCAAAACUUUGUGGGGAAUAAACUCUAUCUACAAACAAUCUCCGAAAGAUUUGAAGGGAAAAAGGGCCAAGGGGUCAUUGUCCCACUUUAUGGUCUAGGAGGAGUGGGUAAAACCUAUCUAGCUUUGAAAACGAUAGCAGAUUUAUCAUCAAAUUACUCAUGCAUCGCCUGGUUUAAUGCUCGUAGCCAAGAAUCUCUACGCGAACAAUUUCUAGAGUUUGCAAUAGAACAUGACAUCUUAUUGCAAUCUUCAGUUUCCAUAGAUCAAAAAAUUGAAAAAAUCAAAGGUUGGUUUGUGAACAAUCCAAACAGUUUACUUAUCUUUGAUGAUGCUGAGAGCUAUACAACUCUCAAGCUCUUUCUUCCUCGUGAUGUUGUUCAUGUACUCGUAACUUCCCUAAACUCAAAAGAUUGGUCUAAUGGAAUCUCAAUCGAUCUCAUGAAUAAAGACGAUGCUGUUUGCUUACUGAAACGUGAAGCAGGGAUUGAACUUUCAGACCAAUCCCAAAACGAACAAAUUGAUAUCCUCAUCGAAACACUGGACAGACUACCCUUAGCUAUUGCUCAAGCUGGUGUUUAUAUCUGCGCCUCAAGUAUUUCCGUCGCUCAUUACUGCCAAUUAUAUGAAUCUACUAGGCAAUCCAUGCUAAAAGAUCGUACCCUUUACGAAAAGAGAGAUGAACAUGAAUCUGUCUAUGUCACAUUUGAGCUAAGUAUUCAGAAAGUUAAAGCGAGCCUAUCUUCAGCUUGCGAUUUAUUGCACUAUUGUUCCUAUUUCAACCCUAACAACAUACCAAGAGAGAUACUUAAAAAAGUUCCGUCAGUUCAAGGUGCUGACAACCUUCUAGCCACCAAUAAGGAAGUUGCAACCCUAAAAAAAUAUUCUUUAGUCAAAGCAAGUAGGAAGUUCAUAUCUGUUCAUUGCGUCAUACAAGACGUCGUGCGCGAAAGACUUGCAUCGGAUGAAUCACAAGAUACUUGGCUGUGUAAUGUCUUAAAACUCUUAGAAGACAAUUCCCCCUACAUUCGAAAUGAUAAAGAGGCUUUAAGAACUGUAAAACUGUUAGUGCCUCACAUGAUCCGUGCUAAAGAGCUAGCACUAGAUGCUUUGAAGGAAAAGUCUCCAGGUAAAGCUUUGGUUACCAGCUUUAAACCAGUACUUGGUGUGAUUCUCUAUAAAAUUGGAGUAUUUUAUUUAGACUACCUCUACGACAGUAAAGAAUCGAAAUCUUAUUUACAAAAGGCUGAGCUAUACCUAAAAGAUCCUAAUCUCAUUAGGAAUAAUAAUAGGUACUUAUUGAAGGCAUGCACCAAAUAUAACGAAAAAUGUAGUGAAGCUGAGCGAUAUGCCACCAAAUUAAAUGCAUCACUGUCUAGUUCACAUACAGUUAAAGACGUUGAUGACCUUUGUGCAUUGGGCAAUUAUUACUUAAAAUCAUCAAAUCUUGUCAUCGCUGAAAAUUUUUUCCUUUCCGCAUUAAAUGUCCUAGAGCAGGGAAAAGAUGGUGAAAAAAAGGCGAUGGUACUCCACUACUUAGGUACGCUUUAUAGCAGGUUAUGGAAGAAUAAGCGAAAAGCAAUUGAAGGGGAAUAUGGUAAAGCUUGGAAACGUAAACGAGAAGACGAAGCUGAUACCUAUCAUAAAAAGGCUCUUGAUAAUUACGAAGAGUCAUUACGCAUCAAAUUCAACAUCUACAGCUCAGGACACAUAGAAAUUGGUCGCACUAAACAUCGACUUGGUAACUUAUAUCUCAAAUCUAAGAAUUUUCCAAAAGCUACAAAUUACCUCAAGGAUGCGUUAGAUACUAUGAAGUCAUUUUACGAUACAGAACCUAGGAUAGAUAUCGCAAAUAUCUUACUAUCUUUAUCAGAAGCCUACGAAGAACAGGGAAAACUAGAGGAAGCAAAAGACUAUUUGAUUCGAAGGCUCGAGGUAUUUGGCAAAUUGCCGGGUGACUAUUCAAACACAAUAAAAACUAUCAACAAAAAAAUUAAGAAUAUUUCCAGUGAUAAAAAAUCCGGAAAGGCACUUGCAAAUUGGCUCGUUAAAAUACCAUCUGAUCCGAACGCAGAAUCCUCUAUGCUCGAAUCUAAAGCCAAACACGCAAAAAUUUCGAGCGAAUAA